AUGCCACGCUCGCGUCUCCGGCCCUGCUCCAGCCGCGAGGGGAAUGUCGCCGGUGUCUUACAAAAAGCAGAGGUGACGGUCGAUGUGUCCUACGCACGAUGGCUCGACUCCCCGGAUGCCGCCAUCGCGUUUCGACGCGUCGAGUGCAUGGCCGUGGGCCUUCAGACGGGCGAUGCACGCUGCGCUCCUUCUGAUCUCCUGAAGGUACACUGUACUGGCACUCGGGAGGCAAAGGUCAUAGCCAUUGGCACCAAGAAGGCAGUGCAGAGAGCCAAGAUGCUCAUUCCCUCAAUCCUGCAGAACCAGGAGAAGGUGAAGUGCUUUGAGGAGGCGCAGCAGACGCGCCUGAAGGCACUCUUAGAGCGGCAGGUAAAGAAGCUCGCGGACAUGGACCCUCGCCGGCCCGCUGAAGGCUUCUCCAGGGCGGAGUUCGCUUUGCCCAAAGCUGCGGUUGGCCGCUUCAUCGGCAAGAGCGGCGCAAACAUCCAGGCAAUGCAGAAGGAGCAUACCGUGAGAAUUGUGGUUGAAGAGGCGGAGACUCCCGGCUUCAAGCGCGUCCACGUGCUGGGUCAGAACGAGGAGGAUGUCCAUGCAGUUCGAGACAUGGCAGAAGUGAUCACGAAGCGGAUUCUCGUGGAGAAGGGGAUGAAGAGCUGGAUCCUGGGACGCAAUGGGACGGUGGCUGAACGGGUACAGAUCGCCAGCGGUGCGAGCAGCGUCCGGUUCGAUGACAAGGACCACGCGCUGGUUGUCGAGGGCACGCGCUCUGCUUGUGCCACUGCCCAGCUCCUUUGCGACGCCCACCUCUCCUACUUCGAGACCUUCAAAGGCUUCGAUGAGACCAUGGAGGACAAGCUGCCACUGACUUCCGCUCACGCCGCUAACGUCUGA